AUGAAGAGCUUCUUCGAUUUCUCGAAAAUGGGUUCCAUGAACAUGGAGAGAAAAUGGCUCUUCCCUCUCAUCCUAACUUCAUUUUUUUGCAUUUUACUCAUCGCCACAUCCUUAAACACGGGCUUCGUUUCUUCUGCCAACACUAUCACCUCCAUAUUUUCUUUGUUCCAAUCUAGCCCCUCUUCCAAUCAAACCAAGCCCUAUUUUGCAGAGGAGAAAAUAACUCGAUCACCCCCACCCCCUUCCCGCCCGCCCGUCCCGAAAUUCGCUUAUCUUGUUUCGGGGUCGAAAGGCGAUUUGGAAAAACUUUGGAGGACCUUACAUGCAAUUUAUCACCCGCAGAACUAUUACGUUGUCCAUCUAGACCUCGAGUCGCCAGCCGAAGAGAGGCUGGAGCUCGCGUCCCGUGUGGAAAGGCAUCCACUUUUCUCGAAAAUUGGGAAUGUGUACAUGAACAAGAAGGCGAAUAUGGUUACUUAUACAGGGCCCACGAUGGUAGCGAAUACACUCCACGCGUGCGCCAUUCUUUUGAAGAGGCAUAAGGAUUGGGAUUGGUUUAUUAACCUUAGCGCCUCGGAUUAUCCUUUGGUGACUCAAGAUGAUCUUCUGUCAGUAUUUUCGGGGUUGAAACGGGAUUCAAAUUUUAUCGAGCACACGAGCGAUUUAGGGUGGAAAGCGACUAAAAGGGCAAUGCCAUUGAUGAUAGAUCCCGGGCUUUACCAAACGACCAAGUCUGACAUUUUUUGGGUCACACCGAACAGAAAUUUACCAACAGCAUUCAAAUUAUUUACAGGCUCGGCUUGGAUGGUCCUUUCUCGCUCGUUCGUUGACUACUGCAUUUCGGGUUGGGACAAUCUCCCACGAACCCUCCUCAUGUACUACUCAAACUUCGUCUCGUCUCCCGAAGGCUACUUCCAAACCGCCAUCUGUAACUCUCCCGAGUUUAUCCCAACCGUACUCAAUCACGACAUGCACUACAUCUCUUGGGACACGCCUCCCAAACAGCACCCGCACAUUCUCUCUCUAAACGACACUCAGGCAAUGGUCUCGAGCGGGGCUGCUUUUGCGCGUAAAUUCAGGAAAGACGAUCCUGUCCUCGACUGGAUCGACCGGGAGCUGCUCAGGAGGAAAAACGGGUCUUUCGUGCCAGGCGGAUGGUGUGCUGGCAAGCCACGGUGCUCGAAGGUUGGGAAGGACCCGGCAAAGCUGAAGCCGGGACCUGGGGCUGGGAGGCUCGGGCGGCUCGUGGAUAGGGUUGUGGGGUCCGCGAAAGUCGAGGGACAGCAGUGUGGUUAA